CUCACUUGGGUAGUGUUGAGUCCUCCAGCAAAGAAGAGACAGCGGAGGAGAGGGAGUGGCACCAUGUCAGUCCCAAUGAACGAGACUCUGAUUCUCCGAAGAGAAGAAGAAGAAGACGACGACGAGGAACGACGUCGUCAAAGGAAGCUCGAAGAAGCCCUAGAAAUCAAAUCUCUCAGGCGCAUCGUCAGCGCCUACCUCAACUAUCCGGAGGCUGCAGAAGAGGACGUGAGAAGAUAUGAAAGAUCUUUUAAAAUGCUUCCACCAGCCCAUAAGGCUCUACUGUCUCACCACCCUUCUAAGUUUGAAAGACUAAGACGGUGUAUUUCUGCCAAUUCAUAUUUCAUUUUCGAUAUGCUUCAGGAAUUUGAACCCCCACUUGAUUUGAGCCAGGAUGUAGAUGUUUGUGAUGGCUUACAUCUUGAAAACAUCCCAUCUGAUCAUGAUGAUUCUAGAGUAACAAAUUGCUCUUCUCAAUCAACCUCCGCAAGUCAAAGUAUGCAUGUCUCCGAAUCUGAUCAUUCCUGUCUGGGUCUGGUGGAAGGGAGCAACAGAGUCUGCAAUUCACCAGUAGGGGUGAGUACCAAUAAGGAGGAGAAGCAUGAAGGUCAUGGUGAGUCCAUCAACGGGAGUCACACUUUAAGCUUGGAAUAUACCAAACAGAUACAUAAUUGUCAUGCAAAUAAUGCCAUUGAUUCCAAUGGAAAUGUGUCCUCAUCAACGCGCACGUGGUUGGAUCCAUCAAUUCAAUUACAUGUUCCAUUAGUUGAUGUUGAUAAGGUUCGAUGUAUUAUACGGAACAUAGUUAGAGACUGGGCAGCAGAGGGUCAGAAAGAACGUGAUCAAUGCUACAGGCCUAUACUUGAAGAACUUGAUUCACUAUUUCUUGAUCGCUGUAAGGAAAGCCCUCCUGCCUGUUUAGUUCCUGGUGCUGGACUUGGGCGGCUUGCAUUGGAGAUCUCAUGUCGAGGUUUCAUUAGCCAGGGAAAUGAAUUUUCAUACUACAUGAUGAUAUGCUCAAGUUUUAUUCUCAAUGCUUGUCAAACUGCUGGGGAGUGGACAAUAUAUCCGUGGAUCCACAGCAAUUGUAAUUCACUUUCAGAUGAGGACCAACUUCGUCCCGUUUCAAUACCAGAUAUUCAUCCCGCUAGUGCAGGGAUUACUGAAGGCUUUUCUAUGUGUGGCGGUGACUUUGUUGAGGUUUAUAACGAUCCAAGCCAAGUAGGUGCUUGGGAUGCAGUUGUGACCUGUUUCUUUAUUGAUACGGCACACAACAUUGUUGAAUACAUUGAAAUCAUAUCAAGAAUCUUGAAAGAAGGCGGCGUUUGGAUAAAUAUGGGUCCCCUACUAUAUCACUUUGCAGAUGUAUAUGGACAAGGAGAUGAUAUGUCUAUUGAACUGAGUUUGGAGGAUGUGAAGAGGGUUGCUUUGCAUUAUGGAUUUCAUAUAGAGAAGGAAAAAACCAUUGAGACAACCUACACUACAAAUCCCAGAUCAAUGAUGCAAAACCGAUACUAUGCUGCUUUUUGGACAAUGAGAAAGAGAUCAGCAAGAAUAGAGCACAUCACUCCUUAACUGAUCGGCUUCUUCUUCUUCUUUUUUUCACAUACUUCAAACUAGUUAUUUGUGGAUGGAUUAUUUUGACAAUGUGAAGCAUUGAAAUAUAGUUCAAGGUGAUUUAUCUAGGGAUGGCAAAAAUCUUCAUCGGGGCGGGUUUCCAUUGGAUCCCUGACCCUAAUGGGGGAGGAAUUUGGGACAACUGGGGAAUGGGGAUGGGGAUCCCUAAUCUUCAUUCUUUAAAUCAGGGAUUGGCUGGGCCCAAUAAUAGUUUCUCGACUUUCUUUUUAAUUUAAAAGUUUUAAAAGUAUAUAUUUUUGUGCCUACAUUCUUUUUCUUUUUGUGGUUUAACUUUAUAUUAAAAUAUAUAUUUUGUAAGGUUGAGAUUCGUUUCA